GCCACAAAACUCUCCCUCCCCUCUUCAAAAAACCCCACACCCAACAAAAGAAAAACUUACAUUAAUCAUCUCUCCAAGUUCUUAAAAUUUCAUUUGUGGAGUACUUGUAGGAGCACAACUUUAUUUGUAAAAUCACCAUCAUUAUUUGAAGAGAUGGGAGAAAUGACAAGCUUUCAGUUGGGUGUGGUUGGAGCACUGUUUCUAUCAGUUGCAUCUUCAGUUUCCAUUGUUAUUUGCAACAAAGCUUUGAUGAGUAAUCUUGGUUUUCCCUUUGCCACAACAUUAACAAGUUGGCAUCUAAUGGUGACAUAUUGCACACUCCACGUGGCACUCAAAUUCAAUUUCUUUGAGAACAAACCCAUUGAUAUGAAGACUGUGAUGCUCUUUGGCAUCUUAAAUGGUGUAUCCAUUGGCUUUCUCAAUCUUAGCCUUGGCUUUAAUUCCAUUGGCUUCUACCAGAUGACAAAACUAGCAAUUAUACCUUUUACCGUACUAUUAGAAACCAUUUUCUUGAAAAAGCAGUUCAGCCGAAAUAUUAAGUUUGCUCUGUUCGUUCUGCUAAUCGGAGUUGGCUAUGCCUCUAUUACUGAUCUUCAGCUCAAUUUUGUUGGAACAAUUCUCUCCCUUCUUGCCAUUGUUACAACUUGCGUUGGACAAAUUCUGACCAACACAAUUCAAAAGAGGCUCAACAUCUCAUCAACUCAAUUGUUGUAUCAAUCAGCCCCUUUCCAAGCAGCUAUUCUAUUUGUAUCAGGGCCAGUGGUGGAUCAAUUCCUUACCAAACAGAGUGUUUUCGCCUACAAAUAUUCUCCUAUUGUUGUGGGAUUUAUAUUGUUGUCAUGUUUGAUUGCUGUAUCAGUGAAUUUCAGCACAUUUUUAGUGAUUGGAAAGACAUCACCAGUUACAUAUCAAGUGUUAGGCCACCUUAAAACAUGUUUGGUUUUAGCAUUUGGCUAUACAUUGCUACAUGAUCCUUUCACUUCAAGAAACAUUAUCGGAAUUCUUGUUGCCAUUGUUGGAAUGGGAUUGUAUUCCUAUUUUUGUGUCAAUGAAACCAAAAGGAAACAAGUUGGAGACCUUUCUUCCAUGACUCAAGUUAAAGAUAAAGAUACCACUGCACCACUUCUAGCUGGGAAGAAUGGCCAAGUUAAAGAAAAUAACUCCCUUGUUUAAAUUUUAGGGUUGAAGUCAUGAAGAUGUUUUUGAACAAAGAAUUUUUAUUUUCAAUUGAGAGACAUUCCACUAGAUGGAUGUAAAUGAUUUUUGGCUCAUAAAAUACCCUGCACCCCUUUGUUCCAAGAUUUGGUCAUUGCUAGAUUUGUAUUUACUUCUUACAUGUAGACAAAUGCAAUUAAGAAAAAUUCUUCGUUACAUCAUA